GCGCAGGCAGGCAGGCAGGCCGACAAUGAUUUCCUCCGUGAUUACGCAGCGCGCGCGUCCCUGUGGGCUCGGGCCCCCUCUGGAGCCGUCCUCAUGGCUUUGGGGGCCUCGCUUCCAUUUUCCAUUAUGAUGUACCGGACUACCGGAGCGGCGGCGCAGUCCGACACCUCGCAGGUUGGUGACGAGCGAGCGCGCAGUCUUCUUCCUCUCCUCUCUCUCUCUCUGUCUGCCUCUUCCUCCUCUGCUUUUUUUUUUUAAGGAAGAAAAAGAGAAAAAGCAAUUAAGACGUAGACUUUUAUUUUUUUUAAACCCCCGAUUCGUAGCUAUAUGUGAUUAUAGAUUAUUAAUAGAUGAUUAGAAAGCGGGAGUGAGAAAUAGUUUUUAGUACUUAGAUGAAUCUAAGGAAAGGAGGAAAAAGUGUUUAGGUCAUUUUUACGUGUUUUUUUUUUUUCAUUUUGAUUUUUUUGAUAGAUUUUUUUUAGCACGCGUUUUGAGAGUGGCUUUUUUUUGCGCGUCGUGCCAAGAAUCCACGCGUAAAGCUACAACUCCUUGCGUCAAUCAGAUCAUUUAUUGUCGGGAAUCAACGCGUUUCGCGAAAGGACAUGGACGCGCACGACGGAUUCUCCGCGACUUCCGCGCCCGCACUUUUCCCCACACUGAAAUAGGCUGCACAGAUCGGAUUUUCUAACCAAUAAACCAAAAAAGCGAGCAAGCAAACAAGCAAACAAACAAGGCGCCAAGUGUAGAAACCCCCAAAGCGCGUUUGCGAGCCGAUUCUCUGCGAUGUUCUUGCGCUAAAUUGUGCGCCGAUCAGCCUCUCCUGCCCGAGCCGCUUCUCUGUAGGAUGUCGCGCCGCAAGCAAGCCAAGCCAAGAUCGCUCCGAGUAGAAGACAAUGUGACGGAGGAACAGCACACUCCUGGGCAGGCUGCCAUUCAAAGCGAUCGCGAGUGUGCCCCCGACACGGUGUGUGAAGAUGCCGAGGACGGGCGUCUGACGAGGAGGAGGUGCUCUCCUGGGGAAGGGGACGAGGGGGAGGAGGAGGACGAGGAGCACAGCUGCCGUUCCUGCCACCAGGUUUUCGACUCAGCGAGCGAUCUUAGCCAACACAAGAUUAAUCAAUGCCAGCUGACAGAUGGGGCUGAUUUAGAAGAUGACCCAUCCUGUUCCUGGCCUGCUUCUUCACCAUCUAGCAAAGACCAAACAUCUCCAGUCCACGAUUACGAUUUUGGUGAAGAUGAAGGGGGCCCUGGCUUGCCCUACCCAUGCCAGUUCUGUGACAAAUCAUUCAGUCGCCUGAGCUUCCUUAAGCGCCACGAGCAGAGCCAUAGCGACAAGCUUCCUUUCAGCUGUACCUUCUGCAGUCGCCUAUUCAAGCACAAGCGCAGCCGUGACCGGCAUAUCAAGCUCCACACUGGUGACAAGAAGUACCACUGCAGUGAGUGCAACUCUGCUUUCUCACGCAGUGACCACCUUAAGAUCCACAUGAAGACGCACGCCACAAACAAGCCUCAUAAAUGCCCUGUGUGCCGCAGAGGGUUCCUGUCCUCCAGCUCCCUCCUUGGACAUAUGCAGGUGCAUGAACGAGGUAAGGAAGGUCAGAGCACAGGGAUCUCUGGAGGAGAGGAGUGGAAGCUAAAGGAAGCACGCAAGUGCAGCCGCUGUGAAGAGGGGUUUGAUGUGCCCGAGGAGCUCCAGAAGCACAUUGCAGAGUGCCACCCUGAGUGUUCACCCCCAGAAGAAGGAAGUGUAGGACCUGGUCUGCAGUGCAUCUACUGCCAUGAGCCAUUUAGUGAUGAGGGUACUUUACUUAGCCAUAUUGACCAGGCACAUAGUCGAGACCAAAAGGGCCAUAUAUGCACUGUAUGCUCUGAGCACUUCCCUACUGUGGAAGAGCUGUAUGCACACAUGGACAUUCACCAACUCCCAGAAUCCAGCAACCACAGUAACAGUCCCUCUCUGUUGACUGUAGGAUACACAUCUGUUUCAAGCACGACUCCAGACUCAAACCUUUCUGUUGAUAGUUCAACCAUGGUAGACACUGCUCCCACUGUGCCCAAGACUCGUGGAAGAAGAAAGCGUGCUGCCCAGCACACAAAUGAUAUUUGUGGACGACCUGCUAAACAGCCUAAAGUAGCUUACAGUUGCAUCUAUUGCAACAAACAAGUAUUCUCCAGUCUUGCUGUCCUUCAGAUUCACCUAAAGACAAUGCAUGUAGAUAAACCCGAACAGGCCCAUACUUGCCAGUUCUGCUUAGAGAUCCUUCCAUCUCUGGUUAACUUAAAUGAGCAUCUGAAACAAGUCCACAAUGCUGAAGAUCCUUCCACCCUACUUGCCAGCUUGUCUGAUGCCUUGUUACAGUGUAACUUUUGUCCAGAGAUGCUUGGAGAUCUCAAUGCCUUGCAGGAACACAUCCGUUGCUCUCAUGGCUUCCCCAGCCCAGUAGCCAAGGAGAGCAAUGCCUUUUUCUGCCCUCAGUGCUUCAUGGGAUUUCUGACUGAGGCCACACUAGAAGAACAUGUACGACAGACCCACUGUGAUUCUGGAAGCUUGCGAUUUGACUCACCACUUGCAGUCACUCCUAAAGAUCCCAUUGUGGAGGUGUAUUCCUGCUCUUAUUGUACCAAUUCUCCCAUCUUCAACAGUGUCUUGAAGCUGAACAAGCACAUCAAAGAAAACCACAAGAACAUCCCCCUGGCACUGAAUUAUAUCAACAAUGGGAGAAGAACGCAUAGAGCCCUUAGCCCUUCAUCUUCCAUAUCUGUAGAUCAAGCUACCCUUCUCAAACAUGGCAGCACUUCAUCCCGCUCAGCAAGUGAAUUCAUCUGUAACCAGUGUGGUGCUAAGUACACUAGUCUUGAUCUUUUCCAGACUCACCUGAAGACUCACCUUGAUGGUAUGCUACCACAACUCACCUGUCCACAGUGCAACAAGGACUUUCCCAGCCAGGAAGCUCUGCUAAAGCAUGUGACUGUCCACUUUACUGUCACUUCCACAUACUACAUCUGUGAAAGUUGUGACAAGCAGUUCACAUCAGUAGAUGAUUUGCAGAAGCACCUUCUUGAUAUGCACACCUUUGUGUUCUUUCGUUGCACUCUUUGCCAAGAGGUAUUUGACUCUAAAGUAUCAACUCAACUUCAUCUUGCAGUAAAACACAGCAAUGAGAAAAAAGUCUACCGCUGUACAUCUUGUAACUGGGAUUUCCGUCAUGAGACUGAUCUUCAACUGCAUGUCAAGCACAGUCAUUUGGAGAACCAGGGUCGAGUUCACCGCUGCAUCUUUUGUGGUGAGUCCUUUGGCACAGAAGUUGAGCUGCAGUGCCACAUUACCACACACAGCAAGAAAUAUAAUUGCCGCUUCUGCAACAAGGCUUUCCAUGCUAUCAUCUUGCUGGAAAGACAUUUACGUGAGAAACAUUGUGUGUUUGAGGGAAAGGCCCAAAACUGUGGCACCAAUGGCUCUACAAGUGGUGGUGGUGAAUCAGUUGCUAAAGAUGAUGCAGACCUGCAGGGCAUCCUCACCAAUAGCCAUGGAGGACCUGGUACAGGGGAGUCUCACAACAGUCAUGAUGGAAGUGAAGAGGAUGUUGAGUCCUCAGAGGUCAUGUAUACCUGUGACAUCUGUGGGGCCUCUUAUACUAUGGAGUCUCUCCUGACCAAUCACCAGCUCCGUGAUCACAACAUCCGACCAGGAGAGACUGCAAUGCACAAGAAGAAGGCAGAAAUUAUCAAGGGGAGCCACAAAUGCAAUGUUUGCUCUAGGACGUUUUUCUCUGAAGCAGGGCUCCGGGAACAUAUGCAAACUCACCUGGGACCUGUAAAGCAUUAUAUGUGUCCCAUUUGUGGAGAGCGCUUCCCCUCUCUGCUUACUUUGACAGAGCAUAAGGUUACUCACAGUAAGAGCUUGGACACAGGCAGCUGUCGAAUUUGCAAGUUACCAUUGCAGAGUGAGGAAGACUUCCUGGAGCACUGUCAGAUGCAUCCAGAUUUGCGCAACUCUCUGACUGGUUUUCGCUGUGUGGUCUGCAUGCAGACCGUUACAUCAACCUUAGAGCUGAAGAUCCAUGGCACCUUCCACAUGCAGAAGACAGGAGCCAUGUCCACCAAUCACCCUAGUGGGCGUGCCACUAUUCCUCACCACCAGCACCACCAGAGUCAGAAGCUCUUCAAGUGUGCUUCAUGUCUUAAAGAGUUCCGCUCCAAGCAGGACAUGGUGAAGCUUGAUAUUAAUGGACUACCAUAUGGUCUCUGUGCCACAUGUGUAAGUGCUAGCAAAAGCUCCAGUCCAACCAUAAAUGGCGGAAAACAGCAGCAACCAGGGGGGCAAACACCAGCACCCUCUAAUGCAGGGUGGAACCAAGGGGAAAGUCUGAGCCCCUGUGGUGUAAAACGAAAGGGGACCGGCUAUUCCACAUCAUCCUCUUCAUCAAUAUCAUCCACUGUUGCGAAGACAAGAUGCUCCAGCUGCAAUGUGAAGUUUGAAUCAGAGGUAGAGCUGCAGACACACCUUCAAACAGUGCACAGAGAGCAGACAGGAGAGGGAAGUGGCAGUCAAGUGAGGACCCCUCAAGGAUCCCCCAUGCCAAGAGUGAGUCCUUCCCAAAGUGAAGAGAAGAAGACAUACCAGUGCAUUAAGUGUCAGAUGGUCUUCCAUAGUGAAUGGGACAUUCAGGUUCAUGUUGCAAAUCAUAUGCUUGAAGAGGGGCUGAACCAUGAAUGUAAGCUGUGCAGUCAGACUUUCGACUCACCGGCUAAGCUGCAGUGUCACCUGAUCGAGCACAGCUUCGAAGGCAUGGGAGGAACCUUCAAGUGUCCUGUCUGUUUCACAGUAUUCGUCCAGGCCAGUAAGCUUCAGCAGCAUAUUUUCUCAGCUCACGGUCAGGAAGAUAAGAUCUACGACUGCACGCAGUGUCCGCAGAAGUUCUUCUUUCAAACAGAGCUUCAGAUCCAGUGAUUGGGAAGGCCACUGAAGAACAUUGAACUCAUUGUCAUGUUUAUGAAUCCAGUUUGAGACAACUUCUGCUGUUGACUGUUGACACAAGGCAGGUUGGGUUCAUGGAUUCAUGCUGUUGGUGCCAAAUUCUGACCCUACCAUCUGUGAGCCUCAGCAGAAAUCGAGAUUCAUCAGACCAGACGUGGUCUUCUACUGUUGUAGUUUAUCCUCCUCAAGGUUUGAUGUGUUGUGCAUUCCGAGAUGCUUUUCUACAAUUGUACAGAGUGGCUAUCUGAGCUACUGUAGCCUUUCUGUCAGCUUGAACCAGUCUGGCAAUUCUCCGCUGACCUCUCUCAUCAACAGGGCCUUUCCGUCUGCUGAACUGCCAUUCAGUGGAUGUUUUUCUUUAUUGCACCAUUCUGAAUAAACUCUGGAGACUAUUGUGUUUGAAAAUCCCAGGAGAUCAGCAGUUAGAGAAAUACUCAAACCAGCCUGUCUGGCACCAGCAAUCAUGCCACGGUCAAAAUCACUGAGAUCACGUUUUGUUCACGUGUUUGAUGUGAACAAUACCCAAAGCUGCUGGCCCGUAUCUGCAUGAUUUUAAGCAUUGCACUGAUGCCACAUGAUUGGCUGAUUAGGUAAUUGCAUGAAUAAGUUGGUAUACAGGUGUUCCUAAUCAGGUGUUCUGUGAGUGUAUAUUAACCUUGUAGCUCCAGUGCAAAACUUAAGAAGCAGAGUUUAAACAUUAAAUGUUCGGUCCAAACACUUGGACAAAGGGAACACUAAGAAUCCUGUCCAGUAGCCCACAAAUACAGAAGACAAUGUGACAAGUCAGGGAAAACAUAGUUUUUUUGGGAAUUGAAUGAAUGUGCAUUAUGAUAAACAGAUUUUUUAUCAUAUGGUGUAUGUUUAUUCCAGUAUAGAGUAUUUACACAGUAUAUGUAGUGGUGGUACAUUUCACCAUUUUCACUUUUAUUUGUAAUUAUUUGCAGUUUGUUGCGAUUCAGACAGCAGCGCCCUGUCUCUGCUGUUGGCCAGAAAAAAAUUCAGCAUGAUCAUUACUUGCAAACUCACCAUAAGUCCACGGUGAUAAAAUAAACCAUACCUGACAUACUGACAUGGCCCACAGUCAUGGGGAUGGUAAAUAAAGAAACCUCGGUUUGAGCAUCUUGUAGCUAAUCCUGUUUUUCGUUCUCCAUUUUCCACAAGACAAACAUUGCGAUUAGCUGUAAACAACCAUUGUUUAACCUGAGGGAUGUUUCUCAAUACUUUUUUCAGAUGUUCGGAAUGGGAUGGAUGUGCGUCUCCCCUUGGUGGAGUUUCACGCAUAGUUUAGUUGUUUUACAGGCUUUUUGUCGAGACAAGAGCAGACAUGAAAGGCCUCCGGAUCUUUGUUCUGGAUCAGGGAAGGUUAUGAAAGAAGCAGCACAUUGCACUCGGGGAAAUGUUGUUAUUAUAUUUCACCUGAAAAUUGUUCCCAGAUUGUGCCCCAUGGGUAGAUGCAUCACACACACAUACACCCACACGCAUGUUUCAAAUAUUGUAUAUAAUCCACAAACCCUCAUGACUUUAUAGUUACCACGUUGCCAUUUGCAUUUUAAGUAUCAUUAUAAAGCUUACAGUGGCACCUGAAUAUUAUAUAGAAGAUUUGUAAUUAUCUUAACAUUUCUAGGAGAAAAAAACUACAAAUCAUCCAAACGUGAGCCACAUUGGGCUGAAAAGCUACCCAAAUGGAACAGCAGGUGUAAUACAACAAAUACAUAGAGAGUAUAAUAAUAAUAAUAAUAAUAAUAAGAAGAAGAAUAAUAGUAAUUUUUGGCCUUGGGGGGCACGGUGGCUUAGUGGUUUGCCUCGCACCUCCAGGGUUGAGGGUUCAAAUCCCGCCUCUGUCCUGUGUGUGUGGAGUUCUCCCUGGGCUUCAGGGGUUUCCUAUGGAUACUCCAAUUUCCUCCCACAGUCCAAAGACAUGCAUUGUAGGCUGAUUAGCAUUUCCAAAUUGUCUGUAGUGUGAAUGUGUGUGUGAUUGUGCCCUGCGAUGGGUUGGCACCCCAUCUAGGGUGUCCCCUGGCUUGUGCCCUAAGUUCCUUGGGAUAGGCUCCAGGCUCCCCGCGACCCUGUGUAGGAUAAGCGGUACAGAAAAUGGAUGGAAUUUUUGGCCUUUUGUGGUAGUGCAGUGUUUUGGGGGGUUUUUUGGCAUGUAAAAUAUUGAAUAGGCAGGUUUUUUCAUAUCUGAUGGUUUUUACAUGCUUUUAGUUUGUGAAGAAUUGCUGGUUUGAGGAUCCCUCAGCCAGUCAGCAUUAUUUGAAUGCAUAUUUCACUGGUUUUGCUGUGGUGAGUCACAUGGCAUUUGCAACUCAGGUUGUAUUUUACUUGUGUGAUUUGUAUUUCCGUGUGGUCAAUGUGCCAGUGAGAAAACUCCAAGAGAAUAAAUAGGAGCUAAUGCUAACAACUCUCCAGUUCUUAUAAUACAUCCUUGAGGGACAUGACAGUAAAUCCGCAACCUGUCUGUUCUUUUAGCAUAAGCUGAAGUGCAGAGUUUUUUUUUUUUUAAACAAAACAAGAACUCCACUUCUGGAUGUUGCUCAAAAAAUGUCAACUUUUCAAACCUGCACUUUUACUGAACAGGCUGCUGGUCAGACGUGCCACGUACAUGUCAGUAUCUCCAGUUGAAUCGUAGAUCAGUCUGUCAGAGGCCUGGGCUGCUUUCAGCUAGUUCUAGAUUCUCUCUUCUUCCGCUGUCUUUCCAGCAACAUCUCCUUAUCAUUGCUUUCUCCAGCCAGUGAGGUCAAGGGUCAGGAUCCAGCUGAGCUCAAGACAGAAGGAGGAAUAGAGAGAGAGACAGGGAU